AUGGCCUCCCCUAAGAAACAAUUGAUCAUCAAUGCGUUCGUCGAGUCGUGCAGCGGACACCAGUCGCCGGGACUGUGGGCACACCCCGACGAUGAGUCUACCAACUUCAACAAUGUGAAGCACUGGGUCAAGCUUGCGAAGCUUCUGGAGUCAGGGAAAUUCCACGGCAUGUUCAUUGCUGAUGUCCUGGGAGCCUACGAUGUCUACAAAGGUCCGAAGAACCCGGACCCGGCCAUUGUCUCUGGCGCCCAAUGGCCUGUCAACGAACCCCUGGCCCCCGUCUCGGCAAUGGCUGCAGCCACCGAGAACCUAGGGUUCGGCUUGACGGUUGCAACAACAUACGAACAACCGUAUCAUCUCGCCCGCAGGUUGAGCACCCUCGACCACCUGACAGGAGGGAGAAUUGGCUGGAAUGUGGUCACGGGAUACCUUGACUCCGCGGCACGCAACCUGGGUCAUACCGCCCAACCACAACACGACGAACGGUACGCCAUCGCGGACGAGUAUAUCGAUGUCAUGUACAAGCUCUGGCAGUCAUCAUGGCGCGACGACGCGGUGAAAUUGGACCGCGAGAGCCGAGUCUACACGGAUCCCAAACUCGUCCGCACGAUCGACCACGUCGGCAAAUACUACACCGUUCCAGGCCCGCACAUCUGCCAGCCAUCGCCGCAGCGCACGCCCCUCAUCCUGCAGGCGGGCACGUCCAAGGCCGGCAAGGCAUUUGCCGCCAAGAACGCAGAGGUCAUCUUCGUGGCUGGUCACAGCCCUGUGGUGGUGGCAAAGAACAUCGCCGAGAUCCGCGCCGCGGCAAGGGACGAGUACGGCCGCGACCCGGCCUCUAUCAAGUUCUUGGCACUGCUCUGUCCUAUCAUUGGGGCCACGCCUGAUGACGCACGAGCAAAAUACGAGGAGUAUGUGUCGUAUGGCUCCGAGGAUGGCGCGCUUGCCCUGUUUGGCGGCUGGACGGGCAUUGAUCUGGCCCAGUAUGAUGACGACCAGGAACUUCGCCACGUCGAGAGCAAUGCCAUUCGAUCUGCGGUCGAGGGCUGGUCAAAGUCAAUGCCGGGGAUACCAAAGUGGACCAAGCAUACAGUUGCGAACCAUAUCAAGAUUGGUGGGCUGGGAGCUACGGUCGUGGGAACCGCCGAGGGGGUAGCUGACGAGAUGGAGAGAUGGGUCAAGGAGGCCGAUGUUGACGGAUUUAACAUUGCCUAUGCUCUGUUGCCGAGGACUUUCGAGGAGGUUAUCGAGCAUCUGCUCCCUGUGCUGAGGAAACGGGGGUUGUUCUGGGACGACUAUGCUGUCCAGGGUGGCACAUACCGUGAGAAUCUCUACAGGAGCGCGGGGUUAGCAAGACCACCUCUUGAUCACCCAGCAGCGAAAUAUCAUUGGAAGGCAGAGUAG